AUGGGUUCACUGCGAAGGUCUGCUGUGCUGUUGCUUUUGACUUUCUCGGUAUCAGAGGCAUUUGCAGCGAGGAUCAUUGGGGGUCAGGAGGUUGUGCCCUACUCCAUCAAAUAUCAGGCCUCCCUGCAGUCAGAGAGCGGGCAACACUACUGUGGAGGAACCCUCGUGCACCCUCAGUGGGUGGUGUCUGCUGCCCACUGCUGGAGGCCGAGCAGUCUGAUGAGGGUGGUGUUAAGUGAACACAGCCUGACCACAGAAGAAGGAUUUGAACAGAUCUUCAACGUCUCAAAGAUCUAUGUCCACAACUAUAACUACAAGACGUUCAACAACGACAUCAUGCUCAUUAAGCUGAGUGAGCCGGCGCAGCUGAACGCCAACGUGCAGCCAGCCGACCUGCCCGAUGAACACACCCCUCCACUUUCCGAUGACGUCUGCACAGUGAGCGGCUGGGGUGUGACGCAGAUUUACAGUUUCUCCCUCUCGCCCGUGCUACGUGCUGUGGACGUGAGAGUACAGCCGUACUGCAGCUAUUACUACUGGGGCAGGAUCACCUCAAACAUGCUGUGUGCUGGAUCUCGACUGGGUGGCAAAGAUUCCUGCCAAGGCGACUCCGGUGGUCCCCUUAUCUGCAAUGGCCGCUUCGAGGGCAUUGUCUCCUGGGGCAUCAGCUGUGCAAACCCGUACUUCCCUGGGGUUUACACCAAAGUGAGGAGCUACGUCCAGUGGAUCAAAUGGAUAAUCGACAAUGAGUCAACAUAAACAGUCGCCACAAUCCUUGUCGCGCAGAAUGCACAGAUCCUAAAUCGUUCCAUUUGAAAACAAACUAACAGGCUGAUUCAAGACAUUAUUUUUAAACUAAGCUUUACACGCUAAGUUUGUUUGCGGUUUAUAAUCUUGAGUUAUGCCAUAUCGAGCCAGGUUUAUCAGUCAUUUUCCUGGAAAAAUGUUAAUAUGCUUAUAAUUCAGUGAUUUUUAUUCAUUCAUUGCUCUGAAAAGUGAUACAUAAAUACACCCAUUACCAUUAUUGUUAUUAUUAUUAUUAGUAGUAGUGGUGGUAGUUGUGUAGUUGUAGCAGUAGCAAAGAUAUUAAAGCUGGAUUAAUUAGCAGACCUGGGCAAUGUGGUUUAAAUCCAUUACAAUACUGAAUUAUCACCCAGCCCAAUUUAUAUUUUUAAAAUUUUUACAUUGAAUCAAAAGACUAAAAGUGGUCACUCAACAUGACAUAACACCUUUCACGUUGCAUUUAGUCAUUUAACGCACUGCAAAUAUAAAAAUAUUCGUUGACACAGCUUUAAGGACAUGGUACCAAA